AGUAUCCGCUGAUCUAGCAGGCUCACCAGGUCAAUAUGGUGUAUGAUCGUCUACCAGGGGUAGAUAUUACACGGCAAAAACAACCCCAUACACCAACAAACAUGGCCGAUCCUAAUACCUCCUCACAAGCUGAAGACAAUGUCUUACAUUCUAUUGCCUCAAAGACUCCAAAAGAAUACAAAAUAGAAAAUGCACAGAGGAUCACAGGAUUUGCUGUUGGGGCUGGCAGCAUGCUUGUUGCUCAAGCAAUAUCACAUCCGUUUGUUGUAUUUGGUCGUCAGUGUCAGGUCAACAAUAAUGCCACAAGCUUCCAUCUCUCACCCUUCACAGUUUUUCAAAUCAUGACAAGGCUGGAAAGAAAACAGGGCCUGAGCUCCCUUUGGAAAGGGUAUGGCAGUACCUACAUUGUUUGUGCUGUGAACUUCUUUAGUGAGGCAGCUUUGAGCACCUUGACUCAACUACCAAAAGAAAAACCCACCCAAGAAACAUCUGUUAGAGAAGUUGGGGCUCAUUUGCUACUUAAAAGCUUGGGUCUGAUAGUGAGCAUGCCCAUUGCAGCAGCAAGUUUGGUUGAAACGGUCAAGACUGAUCACAUUAAAGGAGGCCACAGUGCACUGGACACACUCAAAGACAGUCUUUACAGAUUUGUUGGCUGGAAUCGUUCAUCUGGUCGGCAUGGUCGUCUCCUUCCCAUGUGGACAAUAGGAUUACCAACAGUGCUAUAUGGCCUUAUUCAUUAUAUCGUCGAAACAUGUGUCCAGCACUGGGUUCUUCGUUCCAUGCGUGAAGUGGGCCUCAUUCCAACAGGGUCUCAAAAUGAAAGCCCAUCAUCAAGUGACGAACCUCAGCCCCCAAAUGAUAUGACCCAGUGCUACUAUCCAGAACUCGCAGCAAACUUUAUGGCAUUUGCCGUCCCUAACCUGAUGUUAUACCCAUUUCGUACAGUACUUAAUCGGCUAUAUGUACAAGGCACAAGAACCAUAAUUGAUGAUUUGGAUAACGGUUAUGAUGUAGUGCCGUUAAGUACAAAUUAUAUUGGUAUGAUGGACUGUUUCCGCACUAUCUGGCGUGAAGAAGGCAUUCUGGGAUUUUACAGGGGCUUUGGAGCACUGAUUGUUCAGUGUGUUUUAUACUUCCUUGUUCUUAAAAUCACAAAGUUUAUUUAUGUACAGCUAUCACAGGACUUUAAUGGGAAAAGAUAAUAAUACAAAAAUGGACUUAAUAUGAACUUAUUGUGAUGUUUCUAUACUAGACUCAGAUGUCCAGCUGUCAGGUGUUGUGCAGAGAAUACUCCCUUUUCGAGUUGCUGGUAUUGUUUCUGGAGACCGCUGAAAUGUUGAACCGCAGGCGCAUAUUAGUAUCGAAAAUGAGGCAAAGACUGAGUAAGAUUCGUAUGUGAACAAGGGGAAACCGUAAACAAACUUCACUACGAGCUUUUUGGCUGGUUUUGGUGCAAGAAACCUCAACAGCUGGAAAUCUGAGGCUAUUAAAUUUUGUACACUAAAGUGCAGUAUUGCUUGAUACUAUAGUUCUAGUGCUAUAACUAAAGCCAGUGCUGCUGAAUAAAUUAUUAUUUUAGGACAAAAUAAAUUUUUCAAGGUUCUGAAUGACAUUGAUGUAAGCUUUUGAUAAUUUACGCUACCCUGCUGUGAGCCCUAUGCAUACUCAACAGAACAUAUAAUAAACUGCCAAAUGGAAAAAAAUGACAAAGGAAAUUUUGCUUCACCAAAAUUUAAUAUUUGUUCUGCCAAAAAUAAAAAUAAACUGUCUA